AUGGCAUAUUACCACUCGAGCGGCUCAUCCGCCGCCUCGGGCUUCGAGUAUACACAGGUAGGCCACUCUUACGCCAAUGGUCAGAGUGCUUCUCAUCUCAACGGCCCUCCCUUCCAGCCGUUCCAGGAGUCCCAAUUCGACAUCUUCGAGUGGUAUCCACAGUUCCAGUCGUGCCUGCGCUACUUCCUGGACCAUGCCCAAUAUAACGGGCCUAUCCAGGCCGUGGCCGCCUUUGUCAACAUCCAGCUACCGUUCCAAAAGACCCACAACCCGGUCCUGUCUUCGAAACACACCGGCCCCAACUCGCCUGCCGGCCCAGGUCCCGGACCCUCGACGCCGUCAACAACUCGAGCAACCGGCAAGAUGCCACUCGGUGCUCAGAUGCCAACCGGUGCUCAGGUGCCGACCUCGACCCACACGACGUUGACGCCUUACAUCCGACGUCUGGUGGCCACCGGGUUCGACUAUCCCGCCGUGCUACACGGCUUCUUCGGCGACGACUGGGUGGGCGGCAUCGGCCCCAUGCACGAGGCAGAGCGCCGCAACUACAUGUUUGCGGCCAAAAGCGAAACCUGGCUAAAGGUCAAGUCUCAUUACGACAUGGACGGCGAGCAGCAUGUUCCUUUCCUCCGGCCUCUUUCGAAUGUCACUGAGAAGGAGAUCCAGAGCGCCGAGGCCCAGUGGAGUGAGUGGCUCGCCAUGCAGGAUUGGAUGGUGGGACCGCGGGCACCGGAGCAGGAACCGAAGAUCAAGCAGGAGAACGACUAA